AUAGUGACGUCUCGAUGUUCAUUUGCAUUCCAAACAAAAACAAUUUUGACGUCAAAUUAUAAGUUUUUUGUGUUAUUUACAUAUUUGUGGAGUGUCCGGUUACCUAUAUAAGAUCAUACAAUUGUCCGAGUCGGUCAAGUUCAAUCUAAACCGGGCGUCUUGGCAAAUCAAAAUGGACAACAUCAACCUGAUCACCAUAUUGACCAUAGCCUCGCUGUCCAUGAAAUUGUCAGAUGGAGCCACUACCACGUCUCCAAUAGAAACGACCAAAACCAUGACCGAGGCUGCAACUGAAGCCAACAAAGAUUCCGGUGUUACCGAGACAACACCAGCUGGUGUAACGGAAGAUCAGAGCAACGUCACUUCCUGUCCACGCUUUAAUAACCGACAGGAAAACCAGACACUUUAUGUCCCGUAUAUAGACGGCCGUUGUGAAAUGGUUGUUACCGUAGAAACUGUUACAUUGCCACCACUGCGGCUAGUUAAGAUGUUCAAGCGAGGAGGUCGGGUGAUCCGAAGACCAGUAGUCAGUUUCCGGUCUGUGGGUUUUGAAGAGAAUGGUGAACCAGUGGCGUGCGAGUCUCUACCCAACCGUUCACUGGGGCCCUUCGUCUUCGUCGAUACAGUCGUUGACAGAUGUCAGAUGUUACUGAAAAUAAAGCGACGGAGAAAAGAAGCAUUCAACCUACUCAAACAAGGACAGAAAAAGGGCUGGAAGCCAUGGAAACGACCCGGAGAACGACAAGGGAAACGACAAGGGAAACGAUGGUUUACCUUUGCCCCCGCCUAUGAAUAUCUUGAUGACGUCGUAUAUUAAACAAACAGAAUGCAUAGAAAAUCCACUGUUCCCGAACGAUUACAUGUCCACAAACUUUGCUCGACUUUUGUCUCAAGAUAUGAUUUGAGUGAAUGGUGUAAAUAGAUAAAUGUAUGAUUUGUUUAUUGUGAUGGUAGAAAUAGUUUAGAUGUUGUAGGAAAAAAACACAAGUAAGACCUUAAUAUUUUCUCCUUUCUUUAUGAAUAAUGUUAUUGUAUUAUUGUUGUUAAAUAUAAAUAAAAUCCUACCAAAUAGUUUUA